UCUUGCGCAAAAUCUAUAUACCUGUCUGACCUACGAGCAACUAAAUGUUUCCCUCUGACCACAAAAAUGUCAGGUUUGGUAAGUUACUCAAGUUCUGAUGAAUCUGAUGAAGACAUUGUUGAAGAACCAUCUUCAUCUCUUCAAAGCGAAACAAAAGUCUGUGGGAAUGUUAAAAAGGCAUUACCAGUUCCAGAAGACAUAAGGGGGUUGUUUAAUGAUACAGGCAGUGAGAGAAAAGUAAGCAAUGACCCUAAACAUCAUGAUGGUAGGUUGCGGUCUUUUCCACAUGAGGAAGGAAACUGGGCAACUUUAGUAUUUGCACAAUAUGUAGAUGAUGACUUCUUACGGAUGCAGCAGGAAUUAUUUCUGUGUUUGAGACCUCUAGAAUUUCAACCAUUGGCUGAUUAUCAUAUAAGUUUCUCCAGAACAGUCACUAUCCGUCACCACUGGAUACAAGAUAUUUGUGAUUCUUUGGCAAAGGAAUUUUCUCAGUUAGAAGGUUGCUGUUGUGAAAUUGAUGGGGUUCAAGUGUUAACUAAUGAUGAAAAAACAAGAUCAUUCUUGGUGUUAUCAGUGUCCCCGGCGGAUGAUUUACUACACGACUAUAUAUCUGUGAUAGAUACAUGUUUUGAACAAUAUAAAUUACAGGAAUACUACAAGCCCCCACAUUUCCAUGUGAGCAUAGGUUGGUGUUUAGGUGAUGUGACAGACUCUGUUACAGGGAAGUGUAAUAAAAAAUUGAAGGAAAUCGUGGAGAGGAUACUACAAGAAUGUUCAGAUCUGAAAUAUUUCUACAUAGAUAAAUUACUGAUGAAGACAGGAAAUAAACAGUUUGUGUUUCAGCUUGAUACCAGCUCUAAUGUCACCUGAAUAAACAAACAAGUCAUGACAAUUGGAACAAAACAACUUUUAAAAGACACUUGUGUCAGUUCUUGGCAGUUAUCCCUUACCACACUAAAUAUCUUUAAUUGACUUGUCCAUCUUUCAAUCUGGACAAAACCAUUCAUCAUUUUAAGGGAACAUUUCCAAAAAUUUACUGAAUGAUAGCCAAGAGUGCAAACCAACAUCAGACAGUGUGGAUGUUUUCAGCUAAUCUCAGUCUGGACUGGUAUACACUGGUCAAAUAGUUCUGUUAGGAUAUAUUGCCAUAAGCAGGCUUAAUUAAAACAUUAAAUACAUGUAUAAUGCAUAAGGAUAAAAUACUGAAAUACAAUCCUUAUUAUACCUUAUAUGCUGUAACAUAUUUGUAAAUGUUUCAACUUGCAGUCUGUGAUAUUUGGUUGUAAUUUUAUCAAAAUAUUCUCUGAAGCAAAGAGUUAUGAACACUACCACAAGAUUGUUACUCAAAACAGUUGGCUGUUAUAGAUAUUGUGAAAUGUGUUUUAGUUGAAAUCAAUCAAAAUAAAACUAAAAGCAAAUAA